GAGCUUUCGAGGCUCUGGGCCGAGCCCUUCGUUCGUGUGCGUCGCUCGCUCGCUCGUCUCGCCUCCCUCUCGUCUCGCUCUUACCCUCGCUUCCUUCCAUUUCUUUCGGCCUUUUGUUCGCGAUCGAUCGAUCCUGUCACAUCGCUGCCAUUGUAUCGAGACAUUGGUUAUCCCACGCAUCCGAUCUCGGAAUCGCCCGAGGCUGCGUUCCAGGAACCCGGGGGUGAUCAGACGGGUUUCAGGGAUUAGCUUGGGGGUAGAGUAGUACUGUUGAUGUAGCUUGAUGUCUUCAGGCGAACAGAUCUGGCGACAAUGGUUUGAUAUCUCGGACUCAUGAUCAGCCGAUCGGGACAGAAGCGGGAGGUGUAUGGAGUGACAGGGUGAUUGGCGAGGCAAGAUGUGGAGAUUUGGGAGAAUAAGGCUGUGCCGGGCGAUGCGUGGAGCUCAGAUCUGUCAGCUGUGACGCGCGAGGCAGGCAGAUCAUUGUUGGAGGUGACGGUCGCAGAUCCAAAAUUUGUAGGCCCCGGGCCCAGGGCAAGGUGGAGGCCACAUCAUGGGCACCAGACUGAGGGAUAUGAUUCGUGCCGUGCGGGCCUGCAAAACUGCGGCCGAGGAGAGAGGAGUAAUUGCAAAGGAGUGUGCGAAUCUUAGAAACUCAUUCAAAGAAAAUGAUCAGGACUAUAGACACCGAAAUGUCGCUAAGCUUAUGUUCAUCCACAUGCUCGGUUAUCCUACCCACUUCGGUCAAAUGGAGUGCCUCAAGCUCAUUGCAUCUGGAGGCUUUCCGGAAAAACGUAUCGGAUACCUUGGUCUCAUGCUCCUUUUGGACGAGAGGCAGGAGGUGCUGAUGCUGGUUACCAACUCUUUAAAAAAUGACUUGAACCAUGGAAACCAGUUUAUUGCUGGCCUUGCACUAUGUGCUCUUGGAAACAUAUGUUCUGCAGAGAUGGCCAGGGAUCUCGCCCCAGAAGUUGAAAAGUUGCUUCAUAAUAACAAUUCUUACAUACGCAAGAAGGCAGCUCUGUGCUCCGUUAGAAUUGUUCGUAAGGUACCCGACCUUGUUGAGUACUUCACCAAUCCGGCCGUGGGACUGCUGACGGACAAGCAUCACGGCGUCCUGAUUGCGGGUGUAAAACUUUGCACUGAGCUUUGUCAAGGAAGUGAGGCGGCCCUUGAGCAAAUGAGAAAGCAAGUACAAACGUUGGUGCGAAUCUUGAAGAAUCUGGUUGUAAGUGGAUAUGCCCCAGAAUAUGAUGUGGGGGGAAUCACAGACCCUUUUUUACAGAUUCGAAUUCUGAGAUUGCUUCGACUUGUUGGUAGAGGAGACCCAGAUUCUAGUGAUGUGAUGAGUGACAUACUGGCUCAGGUGGCAACCAAUACAGAAGGCAAUAAGAAUGCCGGGAAUGCCAUUCUUUAUGAAUGUGUCUUGACAAUCAUGGCAAUUGAAGGCAUUGGUGGGUUGCGCGUACUGGCCAUCAAUAUUCUUGGAAGGUUUCUAGCCAAUCGAGACAACAACAUAAGAUACGUCGCUCUCAACACUCUUGUGAAGGUGGUCUCUGUUGAUACUCAGGCUGUUCAGCGACACAGAACCACCAUCGUAGAGUGUGUUAAGGAUUCAGAUGUAUCAAUACGUAGGAGGGCCCUUGAGCUUGUGUAUGCGUUGGUGAAUGAGACGAAUGUGAAGACCUUGACCAAGGAGCUGCUGGAGUAUCUGAAAGUUAGUGACCCAGAGUUCAAGGCUGAUUUGACAGCCAAGAUCUGCUCUCUUGUGCAAAAGUUUGCUCCAAACAAACAAUGGUACAUCGAUCAGAUGAUCCUUGUCAUGGCUGAGCCUGGAAAUCACGUAAGAGAGGAGGUUCUUCGUACUCUCAUCGUCGUCAUCAGCAAUGCACCUGAGCUACAUGGAUACACUGUCAGAUCGUUGUUCCGAACCAUGCAACAUUGGAAUGGACAGGAGAGUCUCGCGCAAGUUACAGUUUGGUGUAUUGGAGAAUACGGUGAAAUGCUAGUAAAUCACCUGAAUGAACUGGAAGGCGAAGAGCCUUUGACAGUUACAGAGUCUGAUGCUGUCGACGUGAUCGAGACUGUAAUGAAAGAUGUGCGUUCAAGCUCCAAUACACAGGCCUUUGCUUUGACAGCAUUGCUGAAGCUCUCAUCUCGCUUCCCCUCAAACACGCAGCGCAUCAAAGACAUGAUCAAGCCGCACAAAGGGAGUCUGAUACUGGAGUUACAGCAAAGAUCGAUUGAAUUUGGCGCUAUUCUGAACAGGCACGAGAACAUAAAGGCGACAUUGGUGGAAAGAAUGCCAGUCCUGGAUGAGGCUACAUACAACUCGAAGAAAGCAGAUGGUGCUGGAAUGGCACUGCCUUCUGACACCAAACGCGCUACUCCUGUUGGUGGACCUGAUAUUCUUGCCAAUGGUGGACCAAAACCAGAAACGACAAAUACGCUUAUCGAUCUUUUGAACUUAGAUGCAGAUGAGACUCCAGCUCAUGAGCCUCGCAAGUCUGCUGGAGAUCACUUGCUGAGUUUGCUUGGGGCUGACCCUCUUGCGUCUCAAAACGCAAGCACAAACCCAGACAACGUUCUCAUGGACAUUUUGUCACUUGGUUCUCCGGCCCCCACCACUGGACCAUCUUCGUCAACCUCUCUCUUUCCUCCAGCAGCCGCGGAUCCAUUCGGAGGCUCGCUUCUGGACGUUGCAGCUCCUGCAGCUCCUGUAGAUCCAUUUGGAGCGUCCCUUGCGCCUGCUACUGGAACUGCUCCACGAAAGACCUCGUUAUUGGACGAACUUGAUGUUUCUUCUACUGUACCUCAGCCUCCUCGCAAAGCCUCAUUACUUGAUGAUCUUGGCCCAACCAUUCCGAACGCGAACAAUUCUCUUCUAGAUGGUCUUGACUCAGCCCCUAUCGUGCCCGCAACUUCUGCUUACCCAACUAUAGUCGCACUACAAAGUUCUGGGUUGAAGGUUUUGUUUGACUUCAUAAAGCCUCCCGGAAAUCCCCAAUCUACAACGAUCAAAGCAUCCUACAUCAAUUUGUCGUCAAACCCCUACACCGAUUUCAUCUUUCAGGCAGCUGUUCCGAAGUUCCUGCAACUGCAGCUUGAGCCGGCAAGUGGCAGCGUCCUCCCGGCAAGUGGUGGGGGUCUCAUCACACAGUCUAUCAACUUGACUAACACUAUGCAUGGCCAGAAAUCUUUGCUGAUGAAGUUGCGAAUCAUAUACAAAAUCAAUGGACAGGAUAAGGUUGAGCAAGGUCAGGUCAGCAACUUCCCACAAGGAUUGUAGCAUAAGAUGCAAAUGUUGCUUUCAAUUUUUUGGUUCAUAAAAAGGAGAGAAAUGAUACGCGGUGAGUAGGGUCCGACUUCACCUACCUUGUGAUUAGAGAAAAUUGGCCAGAGUAUGAUGUAGGUUGUAGAUGAGCUUAGGAAAGUUCAACUGUCCCAAGGUAGCCUCUGAAAUAGGCUACAUGGAGCACAUUCUUUUGUGGUUGUGAGGACUCUGCAAUCAUAUUCUGUAGUGUGAGUAUAUGUUGAACAGCUGUCUGUGUAGAGCAUAGUUUUGCAGAAGGAAGUUAUCUUUGGAUGCAUAUGAGCAUCUAUUUCAGAGGGCUAUUUGGAAUGUCAACUCUUUGGUAUCAGGUGCUUAUUGUGCAUCUGCUUGAUCUGAACGACUCAACCUUAUUCUAACCCGACCUUGUAUCCAUGUACAACUUUUGUAGAGAAGGAAGAGUAUAUUGAAAUUGUUGUGUCAUUGUCAAUUAAAGACGUCAGUCAUGAUUUCGAGAACUGGAUUAAUAUCUCGAGGGUUUCCACUUUCACGUAACUUUGGAAAGUCGAGAUAUGAAGUCCGAUUGAUUCCCGUUGCAAAUGUACUUGAUAACCAAUCAUUAAAAUCAAGUUUGCUCUUUGAAGAGUGUGAG